ACGUGAACUGUCAAAACACGCGCGCACUGUCUCGUGUCCCCUUUGCCUGCUGUUGUAACAGUUGUAGAGGACAAGCAAGGUUCACGAGAAAUGGUUAACGAGACAUUUCCCACAACAUGUCGUAAGUUGAAACAGUAGACUAGCUUGGGAAUAACGGCUGCCAUUAUUUUCGCCUUGUAACGACGAGAGGCUUGAACGCCAGCUGUCCGCCAUGUUCAGGAAGAGUCAAAACGUCAAAUACCUGCUCAGUCUUGUGCCGGGAAAACGCCGCUUCGGCACCUACCGAUUCCUCCCCGUCUUCUUCUGCAUCGGCGGCGUGAUGGAGUGGAUCAUGAUCAACGUCCGGAUAGGAAAAGAGACUUUCUAUGAUGUCUACAGGAGAAAACAGUCAGAGCGGGAGUACCAGCAGAAGAUUUCAUCUGGUUUGACCGUUUUUCAGGAGCCCACAGCCAAGUGACGAUGAGGAUAAUGAUUAUGAUGAUGAUGGAACACUCAGUGAUGAAGACACAGGUGUGACCUUGGGACACGUCCUUGACACCUGGACACUUUGUUUCUGUCAGACUGGAACAGACUUGCCACACUAAAGGUUUAAAAAGACUUUAUAAAAAAUAUGGAUGUUUGUAUUGGUAUAAAGGUACUGUGUGUUAUAUUUUAACUUCAGUAAAUCAUAUCCACAUUAAUUUUGAGACAUGAAUGUAAUGACCAGAAACGUCAAGAACACUGCAUCAGAGCACAAGAGCUGUGUUCCAAAGGCAUGCUACAGACUAAUAUUAAACAGUAUACAGUAUCA